AUGCAGAUCUUUGUUAAAACAUUAACGGGCAAAACGAUCACCCUUGAUAUGGUCGCAUCGGAAACGGUUUUGGACAUCAAGAAUAAAAUCUUGGAACGUGAGGGCAUUGCACCGGACCAGCAGCGUAUUAUCUUUGCCGGCAAACAGUUGGACGAGGGUCGGAUUAUAUCUGAUUAUAAUAUCCAGCACGGUUCUACGAUGCACCUGGUGCUACGCCUCAAGGGUGGCAUGCAAAUCUUUGUGCGGAUGCUUACGGGCAAAACAAUCGCCAUUGAUACGGAACCGGAAGCUACUGUGGAGAGCGUCAAAAAACAGAUCGACGAACGUGAGGAAAUCCCGCCAAACCAACAACGCAUGAUCUUCGCCGGUAAACAACUGGAAGAUGGGCGUCAGCUUCAGGAGUACAGCAUCAUCAAGGCAUCUACAAUCCAUCUGGUCCUGCGUCUCAAGGGUGGCAUGCAGAUUUUUGUACGGAUGCUGACUGGAAAGACCAUUGCCGUGGAUACAGAACCGGAAGCAACAGUAGAAAGUGUCAAGAAGCAGAUCGAUGAACGAGAGGAAAUCCCACCGAAUCAGCAGCGCAUGAUCUUCGCUGGCAAACAGCUCGAAGAUGGUCGUCAGCUGCAGGAGUACAGCAUCAUAAAGGGAUCCACCAUUCAUCUCGUUUUGCGACUCAAAGUAAGCAUGCAGAUUUUCGUGAAGACCCUGACCGGAAAGACGAUCACCCUUGAGGUGGAACCGUCCGAUACGAUUGAGAAUGUAAAGGCCAAGAUUCAGGAUAAGGAGGGAAUCCCACCAGAUCAGCAGCGUUUGAUCUUCGCGGGCAAGCAGUUGGAGGAUGGCCGUACCCUGUCGGACUAUAACAUUCAGAAGGAGUCGACUCUCCAUCUGGUUCUUCGUCUGCGCGGAGGCAUGCAAAUCUUCGUGAAGACCCUGACCGGAAAGACGAUCACCCUUGAGGUGGAACCUUCCGAUACGAUUGAGAAUGUAAAGGCCAAGAUUCAGGAUAAGGAGGGAAUCCCACCAGAUCAACAGCGUUUGAUCUUCGCGGGCAAGCAGUUGGAGGAUGGCCGUACCCUGUCGGACUAUAACAUUCAGAAGGAGUCGACGCUCCAUCUGGUUCUUCGUCUGCGCGGAGGCAUGCAGAUUUUCGUGAAGACCCUGACCGGAAAGACGAUCACCCUUGAGGUGGAACCGUCCGAUACGAUUGAGAAUGUAAAGGCCAAGAUUCAGGAUAAGGAGGGAAUCCCACCAGAUCAGCAGCGUUUGAUCUUCGCGGGCAAGCAGUUGGAGGAUGGCCGUACCCUAUCGGACUAUAACAUUCAGAAGGAGUCGACUCUCCAUCUGGUUCUUCGUCUGCGCGGAGGCAUGCAAAUCUUCGUGAAGACCCUGACCGGAAAGACGAUCACCCUUGAGGUGGAACCUUCCGAUACAAUCGAGAAUGUAAAGGCCAAGAUUCAGGAUAAGGAGGGAAUCCCACCAGAUCAGCAGCGUUUGAUCUUCGCGGGCAAGCAGUUGGAGGAUGGCCGUACCCUGUCGGACUAUAACAUUCAGAAGGAGUCGACUCUCCAUCUGGUUCUUCGUCUGCGCGGAGGCAUGCAAAUCUUUGUGAAGACCCUGACCGGAAAGACGAUCACCCUUGAGGUGGAACCGUCCGAUACGAUUGAGAAUGUAAAGGCCAAGAUUCAGGAUAAGGAGGGAAUCCCACCAGAUCAGCAGCGUUUGAUCUUCGCGGGCAAGCAGUUGGAGGAUGGCCGUACCCUGUCGGACUAUAACAUUCAGAAGGAGUCGACUCUCCAUCUGGUUCUUCGUCUGCGCGGAGGCAUGCAAAUCUUCGUGAAGACCCUGACCGGAAAGACGAUUACCCUUGAGGUGGAACCUUCCGAUACGAUUGAGAAUGUAAAGGCCAAGAUUCAGGAUAAGGAGGGAAUCCCACCAGAUCAACAGCGUUUGAUCUUCGCGGGCAAGCAGUUGGAGGAUGGCCGUACCCUGUCGGACUAUAACAUUCAGAAGGAGUCGACUCUCCAUCUGGUUCUUCGUCUGCGCGGAGGCAUGCAAAUCUUCGUGAAGACCCUGACCGGAAAGACGAUCACCCUUGAGGUGGAACCUUCCGAUACGAUCGAGAAUGUAAAGGCCAAGAUUCAGGAUAAGGAGGGAAUCCCACCAGAUCAGCAGCGUUUGAUCUUCGCGGGCAAGCAGUUGGAGGAUGGCCGUACCCUAUCGGACUAUAACAUUCAGAAGGAGUCGACGCUCCAUCUGGUUCUUCGUCUGCGCGGAGGCAUGCAGAUUUUCGUGAAGACCCUGACCGGAAAGACGAUCACCCUUGAGGUGGAACCGUCCGAUACGAUUGAGAAUGUAAAGGCCAAGAUUCAGGAUAAGGAGGGAAUCCCACCAGAUCAGCAGCGUUUGAUCUUCGCGGGCAAGCAGUUGGAGGAUGGCCGUACCCUAUCGGACUAUAACAUUCAGAAGGAGUCGACUCUCCAUCUGGUUCUUCGUCUGCGCGGAGGCAUGCAAAUCUUCGUGAAGACCCUGACCGGAAAGACGAUCACCCUUGAGGUGGAACCUUCCGAUACAAUCGAGAAUGUAAAGGCCAAGAUUCAGGAUAAGGAGGGAAUCCCACCAGAUCAGCAGCGUUUGAUCUUCGCGGGCAAGCAGUUGGAGGAUGGCCGUACCCUGUCGGACUAUAACAUUCAGAAGGAGUCGACUCUCCAUCUGGUUCUUCGUCUGCGCGGAGGCAUGCAGAUUUUCGUGAAGACCCUGACCGGAAAGACGAUCACCCUUGAGGUGGAACCUUCCGAUACGAUUGAGAAUGUAAAGGCCAAGAUUCAGGAUAAGGAGGGAAUCCCACCAGAUCAGCAGCGUUUGAUCUUCGCGGGCAAGCAGUUGGAGGAUGGCCGUACCCUAUCGGACUAUAACAUUCAGAAGGAAUCGACGCUCCAUCUGGUUCUUCGUCUGCGUGGCGGAAAUUAA